UUUAUUAGUGUUCCGCAUUUCUAGAAAAGUUUGCUGUAGUGGUAUAAACAGUGUCUACACUGGCACAAGUUUCAUUUGUAUAUUUGUAAGAUGGGAGGGAUUACAUAACUCAAAUAAAGACCAAGCACAGGGCAGAAAAGUUGCCAGAAAGGAAAUCUUUCCCUCCUGAUGUAGAACGUAGAAACUCAGCCACCUGCAACAGGAUUCGUAUGGACAAGAAUCAGAAGGGAGAACUAACUAGCCCACCAACGAUGGAACUAGAAGAGAUUACAAGUAAAAUUAAUGACCUGGACAAGUGGAGAUCAAUUUUCAGCUCCCAAGGGUUGGAAGUCAGCACAGAGAUGAUACAGAAGUCCCAAGAGAAUCAGAAUCCAGAUGAAGAAAGUGAAGAAAGGUCAGACACUUUGAACAUCAAGAAGCAUGGAUACUUUCCAUCCAACAUUUUAUAUUCAAUCCCAAAAGAGUUUAUUGUGGCAGCAGACCUUGGUGGCCAGCCUAUCUCAAUAGAAAUGGCAAUGGAGUUAAGAAAAAUUAUCUUUGGAAACACACUUUAUACAUUUAAUUAUGAAUGGAAAAAAUCAUUCUUUAAAUUCCGCGAACCCUUUACAGAUAUGGCAUAUACACUGGAAGCAGACAAAAGUGGGACAAGAGCGAUACAGAUGGCUGUGCAGGGCCAUAUCAUUAAGUACCUUCUGUUUACAAAGAAUGGAGAUGAACACAGCUCUCUUCAAAACUUAUAUGAACAUAGCCAAAAACAGCAAGAGAAGGCAUUGGCUGCAGCUUUAGCAGAUAUCCUCUGGACAGCAGGCGCAGGGAAAAAAGCAACAAUCUGCCUCUUCACAAAUGAUCCCUAUUUCACACAGGGUACUGACUACAAAGCAGAUAAUUUUACAGAAAGGCUCCAGCUUUUUGAAUUUGUGAACAAAGAAAUUCUUGAGAAGUUCAUCUGUGCCCACAUACACUGUUUCAAAAAUGAGGGGUGCCAUGGAGUGAUACUGUUUCUGUACAGUUUGUUAUUCUCUAGGACACUUGCAAGGCUUCAGGAUGACUUGGACUUCACCACACAACAUCUGUUGCAGUUCAGUCUUGGAAACUUCUCAGCCAGACAGGCUUUAAUUAACUUGAUGCUCACAGGAAGAGCAAGCCCUCAGGUGUUCAAUGGAGAUCAGGUGUUGGAAGAGAACACAGAUCUUCAGGUACAGCAUGGAGUCCUUGUGCGCACUGAUGUAGGUUUCUUGCACUGGAGCAGAGAGGAAAUGCAACAGGACAGACUCCCACAGGUUGGAAGUAUGCUGAAAACACCUAAAUUCCCCAUUUGGCUAUGUAACGUUAAUGGAACAUACAGUGUGCUAUUUGGCAUAAACACCUCUCUCUUAUGUAACUGGAAAAUGGAACAUUUCUUUGAUCUCUAUUUCUACAAUGGACAGCUUUCUCAGAGCAAAACAGUGAAUCUGACUAUUGAUACUCACUCGCAUCAUUGGGAGGAGCGGUCCAAAGCAGAUGAAGGGGAUAUGGAAAAGAGAUUCCCUUCUGUGGAGAUGACAGUCAGGACCAAAUGGGAGGGAGCAGCAAUUAAUUGGCAUGGGGCAGUUCCAUUCUACUGAGGGAAAUCAGAUUACAGUGCAAUUUAAGUCCAAUUUUAAGCCCUUUUCCGGUAUUUUUGUCGUAUCGCAUAGAUUUUCGAUACACAACAGUCCAAUGUUGUGCAUAUUGUAUAAUGCUGUACAAUUUCCUGUGUACAGCAUUCCUAAAGUAAGAAAAAAAGGGACUAAAACUUGCUGUAUAUGAAAAAAUCUACAGCAGCCUUAUGCACUGAGGCAGUCUUAGGGUAAGGGCACACCUGGCAAUUCGGGGAGAUUUAGUCGCCUGCCGACUAAUCGCCUCUUCUUUGGGGCGACUAAUCUGCCCGAACUUCGGCCGACUUUGGAAUACGAAGCGCCGUGUGUGCCAUGCAGCAGGCUACUUUUCAUUAUAGCCGGCACAAGACAGAAGGAAGGCAUUCAGGGAGAUUAGUCGCCCCAAAGAAGAGGCGAUUAGUC